UACACUUCCCGCGAGCGCGAAGCUCGAGUCGAGAUCAUCAUCAUCAUACGCUUGGCCCAGGUGUGUUGCCAGUCGUCGUUGGUAUCUGUCCACUUGGAGAGAAGAAUUUGUUUUUUUUCUGCAUAAAUCCAGGACUUGUAGAAGAUGGAUUCGGUGCUUCACACUCCUGGUGGCAUCAACAACGACUCUGACGCUGACGAACCAGUGUACAACAUGAGACGUUUUACCAGACGAGCUCUGAUGGAGGUCCCCUCCAGUACUCCGUCGCCGGUGACUCCAGAAUUAAAUACGUCCAGCUUCCCGACACCGUCACCAUCCCCGGACGAGCUCCUUAUUCAACUCAGAGGACGCAGGAAACUUCCAGUAACUUGGAGUCCCGACGUAAAACGCUCGCCUAUUAAGCUGAUACCGGGAAGUCCAAACCAAAGCGGCAUUGUCCUGCGCAGCACCCCAAGGAAGCGACUCUUACUCAAUGAUGAACGGACUCCAGAAAAGUCGCCAAGGAAAGUGAGCCGCAUAGCAGGAAGCUUCGAGCUUUUAUCUGUCACCUCCCAGACACCGUCACCUUCCAAGAGAAAAAGUGUGGAGAGGUUGGGAACGCGAAAUUUGCCUCAGGUGCCUCUUUCCUUGCUGCUGAAGGGACAGUCCAAGCAGCAACUGAUAAAUCUGCUGCUGGGAGUGACUCAAAGCCAACCUGAUGUGGAACAAAUGGUCCGCGACAAUCUUUCAUUUCCCGACUUAGAACUGAUGGAGGAGCAGCUGAGAACUUUGAAUGGGAAUAUUUCUAAGGCCUUUCCUAUGUCGAGCGAAAUUGAGAGGUACGACGCUUCUGGUUUCGCGCGAGUCUGUACUCACCUUAACAUGUUCAAGAAAGCUGUUAUCGACUAUGGCAAUGAGCUUGUUGAUAGCAAGAAUUACGGAGCGGUGAUUGAAUAUGCUGAAAUGGCUUGGAAAUACGUGUCACUAACCCCAACCUGGCAGAGUGUUGCUCACAACACCAUCAAAAAAUGCUGUUUCAAAAACCUGGCCUCAAAAUGCAUGAAGGCUAUCAAAUAUGGAAACUUCACGCAGGAUGAAUACCAAAGAAUUGAAGAAAGCUUCAAGAAAAUGGUGUCUGAUAGCGACGAAAUUCGGAGCUGCUUGAAGAAAAUCGCUGGGAUGCGCCUCAAGCCGUCGUCGUCACCAACUCAAACGCGAUGAGUUUUAAUCUUUCUACUAAUUUUACAACAUUGGCGGUCCGUGUCAUUUCAAAGGAUGAAUUACAAAUAGGGGAUUUUCCUCCUUCCUUCCAAAAAAUUUCCUUAGCAGGGAGAAAUAGUACAGUCGUACCUUUCCCCACCACAGCAAUGUACAGCAUACAAUUUGAAAUGCCAUCUAAAAUAAAUUUAAACUUCCUCAAAUCAUACAACACAAGAAGUUAUUAUCUAAAGCAAUAAAUGGAGUGCAAAUACUUAUUGGUAACUUUUAACAGGAAAACUUUUUACAUGCCAAUUUUUUCGCGAUAAUUUUUUUAAACUACUAGUUAUUCAGAAAUUAGGUAUUAGAAUAGCACAGUCAUCUCAGCAUUCUAAUAUCAAAUGAUUAUUUUAAUAUUCCAUUUUGUUUUAAAAAAUUUGAAAACACCUAUAAAAAAUAUAAAUUUUUGAAAACAAAGCCACCUUUUAUAUUACUAUACUACUAUAAGAUCAGCUUUAAUCCUCCACUCCCAAUCAGCUAAAUUAUUGUCUGUCACAACGCGCAGAAUAAAUUAUAAAAAAUUAAACAGACUGUGAAGUGAAAGGGAGACAAGGCACUCUGAAGCUUCAAGGGAGGAAAGGGAACAUAAUAUGAAGGAGAGAAAAGUGAGCAAAAACAUAUCAGAUAUGUGUAUGAAUCAGUUCAUCGAUAUCAUGACAGUUUAAGGAAGUGUCCUUUUUGAGUAGUCGUGUUCCCAGAAUAUUUUCACUCAAAAUUUAAUCAACUGCUGAAACAAAUUGGUUCCUGUGUGUGUGUGAGGGCUCAAAAAAUAUCUAAAUGCUUUCACUUUUCUCCUUGCUUGUGGAAUUAGCAACAAUUCAAUUGAGGAACUGCCCAUGAUAUACAAAGUCUGAAACCCCAAAUUGCUUUGUGGUGGUGGGAAUUUGCAUGCUUGGUAUACAUAGUAGCACAGUGUUGAUAACUUGAUUUAAAAUGCAUAAUUUUAUGCAAACCUUAGUCAACAACCAAGUGAGACUAUAAUCAAUCUGCUAAAUUCUCUGGAGUGUAUCUUCCUUUCACUUCGAAAGGAUAAUAAUUUGAUAAUGUAAAAAAAAUCAUCAAUCAAUAUUACAUUGUGAAUUGAGCUAAAUUUAAGCAUCCAGUGAGAAUCGCGCCAUGGUAUACAGUUGUCAAAUCGAAGCAGACAACAAUAUUCAAAUGUUGAAAUCUUUUAACAUAACAUGCUGAACGCAUCAUAGAUUAAUAUAUAACGUUGAUAAUGUUAAAAGAUGAUUUUGUUAGUCUGUAUUUUAUUUUCUUAGAUAAUUGAUAUGAUUUCCUGGUUUCUAUGCACGCUUGAUAUUUUUGCUGGAAUGAAAAUUGAAAUAAAUUGUAAGUGUGAUCUUA